AGUUUCCACGGGUAUGCGUACAUCCGGGGCCAGAAGUGUACGAUGUAUUAACACUCCAGGAGAAGCAUCGAUUAGAGGCUGUGUGGGAUGGUUCCUUGAGAGGACCGACCGGAUGCCUUUUUCCUCGCCGCGCGGAUACCGAAUUUUGGAAGCACGUAAGGCGUCAUCCUUUUCAUCCUCGCAUCCUUGACUACUUUGGCCUGUGUGGAUUUAGGGAAGUAGUAGAGGUAGGAUGUGUAUCAUAUGAUUGGGCACUCAUCACUGUACUUAUAGAGAGAUGGCGUCCUGAGACGCACACCUUUCAUCUGCGUACAGGGUUUGCGACCAUCACAUUACAAGAUAUUGAGGUCAUGUUUGGCUUGGUUGUUGAUGGUAAUCCCUUGAAUAAUCUUAAUGCUAGAAAUAUAGAUAUUGUUGGGUGGCAACAAUUGAUCCAUGAGCUUACUGGUUGGGCACCCGGUCUGGAUUGUUUUAAUGGUGUUAGUAGGUUAGAAGUACAUAAAUUAAUUGAAUAUAUUAGAGGCUUAGAUGACAUUACAGAUCAGACCCCAGAAAUUGAUGUGCAACAGCGAGUUUGGUUGUACUUGCUAUGGCUUUGUGGCGGCACGAUAUUUCCGGAUAAGUCCGGUGACUUACUUAAUUUAGACUAUUUGCUUGACAUGCGUGACCUUAGAGCAAUGAGUACACAAGCUUGGAGAGCGGCUGCAUUGUCAUAUUUGUAUACUUGUUUAUGCCGCGCUUCGUUGAGGAAAGCCAAGGAUGUGUGUGGAUUCAUUUCCUUAUUGCAGGUUUGGGCUUGGGAGCGCAUUAUACUGAUGCAGCCACUAUGCAGGGCUCUUCCGCCAUACACGGCUCUUGCACGAAAGUGGACUCAUCGUAAAUCCCGCGAAAAUGAGGCACGUGAUGUGUUGUAGGGAUGUAUUGGACAACCUAAUAGAUGGCCAGGUAUUUUAUUAUAAUUAUGAUUGUUAAUGGCGUUUUGAUAUAAUAGUUACGCUUAUGUGUAAUUUAUUUAUUUUAUUAUCAUGUAAUUUUAUGUUCUUUCUAUCAUAGUUUGUGUGGCAGUCUUAUUCAGAGGCCAUCAUUAAUAGACUCCCUGAGUGGUGUCUGCGUGGCCGAGAUAUUUGGAUGGCGCAGGUUCCCCUUAUUUGUGGGAUCUAUCGAGAGUGGCACAUGGUAGACCGCGUUCUCAAACAGUUUGGUAGGAAGCAACAUAUUCCGGGUCCAUGUGCUGAGAUUGAUCCUUUUCAUUACAAACGUGAUAAGCGGUAUGCUAUAAAAGUGGAGGAUCAACAAAAUUUUGCAGAAACAGACUUUUUGUGGGAAAAUCGUCGACAAAGGGUAAUUCUGGCCGAGUAUGAAACUCAAGAACUAGAGUCAUUAUCAGAGUAUUUUUGUUGGUAUCGACGUCACUCGUGCACUUUCAUAGGAAAUCCUACGCAUAAAGUGGAUAGAGGAUACCAACACAUGGCAGGCAGGCAUGAGGCACUGGUUGGCUCAGCAGACUAUCCAAGAUCCAACCAAGUCUGAAGGGAAUAACAGAGAUUUUUAGCCACAUUGAUACAGAGUCCAUGGCUGCUGCCUCUCUGGGGACGAUGUUGAGUUUUGCUCCCAAUUAUACAUCACCGGCAGAGUAUGUUGAGCCGCCUACUGUGCAAGUGCCUCGUCAUCAACGUCCUAGUGUACCAAGACCUGCGGCGCGUGGUAGAGGACGGGGUAACAGACGGGGUCGAGGUCCCGUGGAUCACCAGUUGGUUGAUGAGAAAGAGGUUCGUUUUGAUCAAGAUAUGUCCAGCUCAAUGAUGCCUGCAGCUGAUGAUGCAUAUUACCCAAUAAUAGAUUUUAUGUCCAGCUCAUUGACGUCUGCUCCCGAGGUUCAAUCACCAGCGGUAAUCAGAAGUGAGGGGCCUUUUCAGGCAUUUGCAUCAUCUGAGCCUAUUAGCCUCGCAGUUAUGGCCCAACAGUUUGGUGUUCAGACAAGCAGCUCUUAUGGAAUGGCUGAGGGGCCUUUACCUGCAUUCACUGGACAGAGCUGUUCAAUUGGGAGGAGACUGAGUUUUACCGACGAUGCAGGUGUGAUACAAGAGGAGGUUCACCAACGUAGAUCAAAACGAGAGCGCCGACAAACUCGGUGUGGCACGGGGGGAGGGGGGGGGGGGGAAGGGACACUGUAAAAAUUAAGUUUUUAUUGUAUAGUGGGUAAC